CAGAGGGGGCUGUCGGAGGAAUUCGGCUGGAGGAAUUGUUCAGGACCAGAAAGCAAGCAAACUCUACAUCUGAUUUCACUGUCGGCCUCGUUGAUUCUUCCUCUGGUUCAGAUUAGUGUGUUGCCUUUAAAGUAGGAAGGCCGUUUUUAAACAGCACCCUGCUUGUUUUAUAGCAAAAUAAAACGCUUUGGUGCCUUGGCAACAUUCUUCUGUGACAGCAAAUCGGAAUCUCCACCAUCCUUUAUUCUCCAUUUCACUGCACAAGGGGAAUCUUGAAAGAAGAUGCAGAGGUUGAAGGUUAUGCUCAGUCUUACCUUGUUUGCGCUCUGCUUGACUUUAUCAUGCUUUCACGACGUGGAAGCAUCCGGCAUCAUCAGGCCUGGGAAGCCCACCAAAGGUCUCAGAAGGCAAUCAGCUGCUGAUAAUGAGCAGAGAAAAGAAUUACAGUCAGAAGACACUCAGUUGGACGAGCCCAGUGCAGAUGUGGAGGGGAAAAAUGAGAAGCCGAGCAGUAAAAAGUCACCUGAAGAGCUCCUAGCAGAUAAGGCAAAGAAAGCAGCAGAGAAGGAAGCCAAAGCAAAGAAACCAAAAGCCCCCAAGCCCACCAAGGCUCCCAAGCCUCCGAAACCAACAAAGAAGCCUAAACCAACUAAAAAGCCCAAACCACCAAAACCAACCAAAAAGCCCAAACCACCAAAACCAACCAAGAAACCCAAACCUCCCAAACCAACCAAGAAACCCAAAGUCGUCAAGGCCACCCCAAAGUAUGAAGAAAAGCUGUCAAAGGAAGAGGAGGAGGAAAAAUUUCACACCGAGCUUGGAUUGGACAAAUAUGAAGUUACAGAGUUGGAUCUCCUGCCUAAAAUCAAUGAGACCAACCCCAUCACAGAGGACCCCAGCAUCUAUUUACCCAUUCCAGAGGAGACUACAGCCACACCAUUUGUACCCCCCUGGUAUGAAGAGUUCGAUUAUUCUGACUUGGCAGCAAAGAAGCUGGAGGAGGAGAUGGAGAAACAGCGGAAAGAGAAGGAGGAGAAGGCUGAAAAACUCAGGAAAAAAUGGGAGGAGGAGGAAGAAGAGAGAAGAAAGCAAACUCCUGUUUAUGUCGAACCCAAAAAUUGUCCUCCAUUGGGCAUGGAAUCCCAUCGUGUGGAUGAUGACCAAAUUUCGUCGUCCUCUACAUCCAAUCUUGGAUUUGCAGCCCAGAGAGGCCGUUUGAAUAUGCAGGCCUCGAAUAAUGAGGAAGAUGUUUACGGAGGGGCCUGGUGUGCAGACACUGAAGAGAAAGAACACUGGUUUCAGCUGGAUUGCAGGCGAGAGGUGGAGUACACCGGGAUCAUAACUCAGGGCAGGGACUCCGAUACACACGACGACUUUGUUUCAUCAUAUUUUGUGGCCUUCAGUAAUGACUCUCGUGAAUGGACAGUGCUUCAUGAUGGCUAUGCUGAAUGGCUUUUCUACGGCAAUGUUGACAAAGACACUCCAGUGAAGACACAGUUCUCACAGUCUGUGGUUGCACGAUACAUUCGAAUCCUGCCCCAGAGCUGGAAUGGCAGUCUGUGCAUGAGGCUGGAGGUGCUUGCCUGCCCCCUGCCAAAUAGUUACCCAACAGAGAAUGAUGUCACUCCCACUGAUGACUUGGAUUACAGACAUCACAACUACAAGGAGAUGAGGCAGAUGAUGAAAGUGAUAAAUGAAGAGUGCCCUAAAAUCACUAAAAUCUACAACAUUGGCAAGAGCUUUCAAGGGCUAAAGAUGUAUGCAAUGGAGAUCUCGGACAACCCAGGAGAGCAUGAGAUAGGCGAGCCAGAAUUUCGCUACACUGCAGGUCUGCAUGGGAACGAAGUUCUAGGCAGAGAGCUCCUUCUACUGCUCAUGCAGUUCCUCUGCAAAGAGUACAAUGAUGACAACCCUCGAGUGCGACGCCUGGUGGAGGGCGUGCGCAUCCAUAUAGUGCCCUCACUCAACCCAGAUGCUUACGAGCUGGCUUAUGAAAUGGGCUCAGAAAUGGGAAACUGGGCGCUGGGGCACUGGACCCAGGAAGGUUACGACAUUUUCCAGAACUUUCCUGACCUUAAUAGCAUCUUGUGGAGUGCAGAAGACAGGGGCUGGGUUCCUCGAAUUAUACCAAACCACCAUAUCCCCGUACCCGACAACUUCCUGAAUGGCUCGGUGGCUACAGAGACAAAAGCCAUCAUCUCCUGGAUGCAACGAACACCCUUUGUCCUGGGAGCAAACCUGCAGGGAGGUGAGAAUCUUGUGACAUACCCAUUUGACAUGCAGCAUCCACCCCAGGUCACUGGCACAGGUGGGCAUCCGAACUACAACAUGAACGCAGAGACAUGGGCCCGGAUACAGAGGCAAAACGAAGGUGCUCUACGCGAGACACCAGACGAGAACAUGUUCCGCUGGCUGGCCAUGACCUACGCCCACAGCCACCUCACUAUGACAGAGACUCAGCACAGCUUAUGCCACAGUGAUGAUAUCACUGGUGGCCAGGGUAUCAUUAAUCGGGCAAGCUGGAAACCUGUUGUAGGCAGCAUGAAUGAUUUCAGUUACCUUCACACGAACUGCUUUGAAAUAUCCAUCUUCCUGGGAUGCGACAAGUUUCCGCAUGAAAGUGAGCUGCCUUUGGAGUGGGAGAGAAACCGCGAAGCUUUGCUUGCUUUCAUCGAGCAGGUUCACCGUGGCAUCAAAGGUGUGGUAAAGGACACUGAUGGAAAUGCUAUUGCAAAUGCUACAAUAUCAGUGGAGGGCAUUAGACAUGACGUCAAAACAGCUUCCACUGGUGAUUACUGGCGCCUUCUAAACCCAGGCGAGUAUCGUGUGACUGCAAGAGCUGAAGGUUACACAUCGCAGACUCGCUUGUGCAUGGUAGGCUACGAGGCAGGUGCGUCACGAUGCAGCUUUGCGUUAACCAAGUCUAACUGGGCCCGAAUUAGAGAGAUCAUGUCUCAGAGUAAGAACAAACCAGUCCGUGUGGUCACAAGGACCCAGACUGGAAGCACAAGCAAUGCUGAUCCAAAUAAAACUAACCUGCCUGUUGGGGGAGGCAGUGAGCGUCUACGACGUCUGCGUAUGUUGCGUCUGCGCAGGCUGCGUAUGCAGAGGCUGAGAGGCAAGAUGACCACUACUGUAGUGCCGACCUCCACCACAACAACCACCACCACCACAACAACCACUCCAUUUCCCACCAGCACCACAGAGCUGAUGACGGAGACCACUGACUCAUGGUUCGACUCGUGGUUUGUAACAGACAACACAGACACCGCAGAUACUUUGGAGUUCGAGCUCCCGGAGACGGAACCAACACGAGACUACACCUUUGAGUAUAAAAUAGAUGAUUAUUGAGCACAUGAUAGAUCCCACCUCAGCAGUACUGCAGCUUAUACCUUUAUUUUCUAUGGACAUUCACUCUGUGGAACAGAGUGCGUCAACAUUUUUUGGAUAUUGUUCUUAUCAGAUUUAACAAAUCCUAUAUAAAUCUAAGUCUACCUUGUGUUCAACUUACAGAAGUGCACUCUUUUUUUAUAUUGUCACGUUUUUAUAAUAAAAAUGCCUGGAUUACA